AUGGGCUUAAACUUUAGCACACUAAAGAUGAUAGAAGUCUCUUCUUGCUCCAACUGCAAAGAACUAAUGUCUCACCCAGUGAGUAUAAACUGUGGACAUAGCUAUUGCAAAUCCUGCAUACAGAGCUACUAUAACAAAGUCAUCCCAAAGACAGAACUGAAGAUAAUGCUGGACUGUCCUUUGUGUAGGAGUCCAUUUAGUUUAGAGAACCUCCAGCCCAACAAGGAGCUGGAAAACAUAAUUGAUGUCAUCAAGGAGAUGGAAGGGAAAGAUGAUGAUAUGCUGUGUGAGGAUCAUGAUGAGAAGCUUGAUCUCUUUUGUGAAGAUGAGGGUCAGCUCCUCUGCUGACGCUAUAAUUGGCAGGCUCAGCACAAAGGUCACUCUGUGGCUCUUGUGGAAGAUAAGUACCAGGGCUAUAAGGAAAAGCUUGACAAUACUGUGACAAAACCGAAUGAGCUCCAAAAAGAUCACAAAUUUCAGAUAUAUCUCAUGACAGAUGAAAUAAAUACCUGGAAGGCUGCCAUAGAGGAUCGGACGCAAAGAAUCCAGUCUAGCUUUAAUAAUCUCCAGAGUUUUCUACGUGAAGAAGAGAAGUCUUACUUUUGGAGGUUGGAGAAUGAAGAAGAACAGGUGCGGGGGAGACUGAAGGGCUAUGAGGCCAAUCUAAAGCAGAAGUAUGAGAAAAUUGAAAGCCAAAUUCAAGAACUGGAGGAAAACUGUCAGGGCUCACCCAGGAAAAUACUACAGGUAAAGGUGUGGGCUAGGAGUUUGGAAACAAGGCAUUUGAUUCUCAUAGUGAGAAGACAAUGGUAUGUGACUCUGGACCCCAGCACAGCUCAUCGUGACCUAACUCUGUCUAAAGAUCAAAGACAAGUGAUUUACAGACAAUGUCACAAGAAGUUUGAAGCUUCUGCUAAGAGAUUUGGCAGUGAAAAAUUUACUUUAGGAAGAGAUUACUUCGAAGUAUCUGUUGAGAAUGCAAGCACUUGGGAUGUGGGAGUCUUUAUAGAGGAUGUGCUGAGGGACUUUGACAAGAAGAAGCCUGAGCUGGAAUUCUGGACCAUCAAGAUGUGUGAAGAGAAUGGCCUUGUAGCUCCCACUUCCACUCCUACUCCCCUUUGUCUGAGUGAGAGCCAGCUUGUGGGAGUUUUCCUAGACUAUGAGGCUGGGGUUGUGUCCUUUUACAAUGUAACCACUGGCUCACACAUCUCCACCCUCCCCAAGGCUUCCUUGGAUUCUCUGAGGCCCUUUUUCCAGGUUUAUGGAAAUUCUCCUUUGUUCCUGACUGCCAGAAAUGAUCAAGGGAAGAGGUAA